AUGGAAAAAACAGUUAAAGCUGCAGCGACUGUUAGGAUACGCUGCAGCCAGAGAACCCUAGCUGAAUCGAUGGGUGCUGUUGACGACCAUGGAUAUACAUCAAUCACUGGAAAUAGAAAAAAUACCCACAAAUCUCAAAAUGAUACCCACAAGGCUGCGCAACAUAAGAAAUCAACGUUGCGACAACGAAUAGAGCGAGUGCAAUCUUUUGACAAAGCUGGAAUGUUUAAUGCUGGGUAUACUGUUGAGUUUGGUGUUGGUUCCACCUCUGCUGUUACGACACACAUGCGAGGUACAAGCGGAACUCUAAUGCCUAAUGCGACAUGA